CAGAAACCAGUGGCAACCCGGCCUGAUGAUGAUCAGUCUGGUAACUCUUCCGAGAGGACCCAGACUGCUGAGGGCCAACCCGAUGCUGAGGACACUGCCGAUGAACCAUCAAGCCAGGCCCCUUCUAAUAAGGCUGGUGGUGAGGCCUCCGAUAGCAUGGCCUAAGGGAAUGAACGAAGAGAUGAUGAUGAUGAUGAUGAUGCAGAUGAUGAUGAUGACAUGGAGGGAGUCCUGAUCAGCAACAGGAAGAGAGCUGGUAAACAGGCCAUUCCGAUAGACUCCGACUCCUCAUCAGAAGAUAUUGAGGCUGCACUCACACCCCGACCACUCAACGGGAUCAUCAUUAGUGAGCAGCGCUCCAAGAAACGCAAUGAAAAGCCUGCAUCAUCACAGCCUAAGAAGAGGCUCAGAAAGAAGAGUGCAGUGGAAGAGGAGCUGGCACUGUACGAUGACUGUGACACCUUCGUCACUAUAGACCGAACCACGCCCCUAGGAGCAGGAGCUGACCUUGUCAGUUCCCGGGUAGAUGUCGCAGCAUCCGGUUCAACUGCGCAUGCACAACCAUCUCCCAUCCACUCUCCAGUCUCCCAACAGACUGGAGUUUCAAUAACUCAAGGGGAACUUACACCGACCUCACUGAUUCCUUCCGAAUCUGCUGAGAGACUCAGUGGUCAACAGCCCCGGACCACUACCCCCAUCCGUUCUAUCACAUCGAGUCUAGGUGUCACCAUUCCCACAUUUUUAAAUUUUUCUAGGACACCUACACUAUUCACUGCACAUACAGGUGCACUCACCCUGAAUGCAACGACCGGAGUGCAAACUAUGAUGGUCGGAAGUCCUGCUACGCCAACAAUGCCUCGAUCAUUGAACGCAGGCCACACAUCAGCUAUCUUCACUGAUGCUGUGACAACAGUUACAACCCCUGUAACUGGUACCAUUAUCCCCGAAGACAUUCUCGUAUAUCUGAAUAGCUUUCUAGAGUCUACCAUUAAGCCAUGGGUGCAUGAAGCAAUAACCGCUAAUGCACAAGACUCUGGAAGUACCCCAGUUGUUCAUGAUAUACCACCCAAGCCCCAAACCAUACAGCCCCCAACUACUUUAAUCCCAAUUUCCCAACCUUUAACCCUAGGAAACCAACAACCAUCCACUUCAAGGGGAACCCAGGAUACAGAACUAGUAUCCUCCCCUACAACGACCAAACCCAAUCUCAAAACCAUACCCUUCGAGGACCUUGUAGCUGAGGUCUUUGACCGUAUACUAGACGUGGAAGAAGGCAACCUUACCCCUCUUCAAAAAGCCCUUCUCCAUGCUCUAGAUACACAGAACACAUGCCGUGACAGUCUCCGUGGCGCUAAACGUUCACAUGAGGAUCCCGAUGAUUCGGAUUCUCAUGAGGGGGAGAACAAGCGCCAGCGGAUACUUGAGCAUGUUGCUUCUACUAGCCAACCCUCUAAGCCAAACCAACCCUCCACCUCUACCAAUGAACAACCCACUACUUCAGCCAGCCAUAAAUCCCUAGCCACUCUCUCUAGCAUGGUCGAGCUAGACAUAACAUCCCGAGGUGCAUCUCCUAUAGAUGUUAACCAAGGACGGAAUGGAAGUCCUGAUGAUGCUACCACGAGUACAUCUUCCUACUCAGGCCAUCAGCUAGAACCUAGUUCGAAACUGAUGUCAACGGGCAAUCCUGAGGAUCCCGGUGUUUCACACGACGAGUCACCUUCGACACAGCAGCAAGCUCCCUCUGAACCCUCUGACAAUCCAAUACAAGAUGAGCUUGAAAAUCUUCUAGUUCAUGAUCAAUGGCCCCGCAAAUGGACAGAGUGGGAUGACCUUAGAGUGGAAGCCGAUCAGUACGAAAUGUGUCGAAGCUGGCAUCUCAGAGAGUUCCUCAAUAAAUACCAUGCAAUGAUGAUUGGACUCGAUAAAGACGAACUCAAGGAAGGGGAGAAUCAAAAAGAAAACCUCAAGGAACCAGAACCAGCUAAAGAAAAAUGGGAAAUCAUAAGGAUCAAAGCCCCCUUUCUUGAAGAAAUUCGAGAGAAGAUUUGGAGACAACCAGAAAAGGUCAAGCAGUUCAGUGAAUUAAAAAUGCGAGGAAUCAAUCACUUGAAAGGAAAAUACAGAGAAGGAAAUCUGUAUAUGCUAGGACAUAGAUCCACAGGGCAACGUCGACAAGUUCUAAAUCACAAUCUUGCAACAAGUGGAUGUCCCAUAUUGAAAAUCUUGGAGAUCACAGAAGAUUACCUGGAAACAAUUAAGUUCAUGAUUUUUCGUCUACAACGUACUGAUGGCUCGGAGUUCACCUGUCAAGAGAAUGACUUCUUUCUACUGCACAUGGAUGACAUUUAUCAAAUGUUCAUGAGGUGCAUGGAGCUUCCAGUUCACAAAGACAGACUCGCUAAAGAAGGCUUCGAGGCGAUAAAAAGAUUCAUGACAAGACAAGUUCGGUUCUACGCCUCUCAUGACCUCCAGAUGACCAUAGAGCACAACUAUUCAAAGGUGAAUCUUACUAGACCGGACUUGAGUAGACCUGGCCUUGAAUCCUUUGAAGCAUAUCAUAUCUUUGACAAUCCAGUAUCAGUCAUCUAUCUGAAUCAUAACAACGAAAAGCGUCUAAUGUUCGUGGAUGAAAUUAACAAGUAUUGUGACGGAACGUUGAAGAUCAUCCAGGAGCAGCUCCGAUCAAAGAAACAAGAACUUGGACAGAAAUCGACUGAAGCCACUGAAGGAGACCAGAAGGAACUGCACAGAAUUGACAACAUCCUACAGGCCAUCGAAAAGCAACUUGAUAGAAGAAAUUCACUCAGAAACUAUGAGCACGCACUUAAUCUCAGAAAGAAUUAUUAUAAAGCUCAAUAGUGAAGAGAAGAAGCAAGACGGCACUUGAUCACAAAGGGGGAGAUUGUUGAGGAAAAUAUUUGUUGUGAUCAAGUUUGUCUAGAGUCUUGUUGUCCCAAUUAGAUUAGACUUAUCUUUUUAGUAUUUAUGUAAAGAAUAAAUGAGCUAAGGGAAUAGGGCCCAAAAAGGCCUUAGGCCCAGAACUCUAGGUUACCAUUUCGGUACCUGUACCUACGCCUAUAAAUAUGCGUACAUGUGGUACAGGACCGAAUAAUCGAGAAUAAGAAAUAUACAGCGCCUUUCAUU